GUCGGCAACGUUCCUUCCUGUUGAGCUGUGACCAGAACAUGGUGCCUUCCCCUUCUCGAAGUCGCGCGCAGCAAAGGAGGACAGGGCUGGCACCUGCCUGUCCAAUCGCCCUGCGAUGCUAAGAUGAAUAUGGCAACAGGCUCCUUCCCGACCCUGACAGCCGGGUAAGAUUUCUUCUUCUGGACACUUUUCUUCCACAAAGCCCGACCGCACUUUUUGGUUACCCUCCCGUUUCUCUUCCAUUUCGAGACAAACCGUCGCUGGGUGGAGGUGCUCGAUUCUGCGGAGUGCAGGGUGAUGGUCUGAUCUGUCACCAGAAAAAGAAACUCGCCUUCGAGUCUUCUGUUGGGUCGUUCCAGCGCUGAUUCAGCAGAGAUGUCUCGACGACGGUCUGUGAUAGGCCUGCCACCACCUCGUCCUCUGUCGCACCUGUCGUGAACAGGAGAACAAACUCAUCCCACCACCAUUGGCCGGGUCCCCAGACAAGUCAUCCAGAGCGGUCUAGAGCCCAGGGUUCAUCCCACAGACUCAUACACGAUACGGACCCUGUCUUCCUGCGAUCGGCCAGCCACCGGAGCAACACAGCUGCUGUGGCCAGCGGACAGCGUCUGCGUCAACAUCUCUUUUGGGCCAGCGUUUGUCACAUCAUGGCUGCCCUGACCUCGCACUGUGGCGUUCAGGUUGUGCCUUCCGGCCGUCUACCGACGACGACACUCGAUCCCCGGUCACUCCACGCUAUCCCGUUAUCGCCAGCGCGCAAUAUCUACUGCAUCUCCAGGGUUGUUGCUGUUGCUUUUUGCUGGGACGAGUUGGUGCUCGCCACAUCCACCACCUCACCACCACGUUUCCGGCGUUCCAUGAGAAUCAUGGCUUGUUGCACUGCCUUUCACCACACCCCUCCCCCUUCCCCCCCUGAGCACCCCCUACCCUGCUUGCCUUUUAUUCCAUAUUUCUCUUGUGUCUCCGCGGCGCUCGAUCUCAUCCGAGGACACAAGUCAAUGACCUCUUCGCUCUUCGACAUCCUCCUCUGAUAGCACCAUCCAUCUUCGCGAGAACGACCUCGCCAUUUUUACACCAUUAUCACGACGCCCUCUGCGUUGUUGUCUCCGCCGCCUCCAUCCCCACGUGCCGCAAAGCCACCCCUGAGUCCCUUCCCGGAAUCAAGUGAGGUUGGCGCCGCGUCCAGCCAUGCUUCUUCACUGGAAGGACAAUCCUGUAAUAUCAUCAACAGCUCUUCUUACGCAAGAGACCAAGUCUUAUCAAGGUCCCUUCUCAGACCCUCGACCAUCAACCCAUAUGUCCUCGCCAGAGCUGGUCGAAAGAGUCUUUCCCAUCCGCCUAUCUAUUCUUGAGAACUCGCCAUAUCUGCGAAAUAGUGAUACUGCUGGAGUUGCUCUCUCAGUUGUUCCUGUUCAGGCAGAAGAUGACCAUUCUGUGAUUGGUGAGGAAGCCCAGGUGGCAGCCCCCACUGGGCUUGUCCCAGGGCCAGAUCCUCAAGCACCGUUGAUAACACCCGAAGCUGUUAUCGAACAUGGCCCUGACGAGGCAUCGAGAUCGUCGAAUAAUUUGGUGACGGACAGAUUUGAAUACACCGUCAUGAACGACGGGUCACACGGUGUCUUUCAGGGCACACGACGAGUUGUCACCCGUUGCGAAGAUGAGUUGAUCCACAUCCCCGGAGCGAUUCAAUCGCAUGGUAUGCUCGUGGCUCUGAAGCGGCGAGCAGAAGGAGUCUACAUUCCCCGGAUUGUGAGCGAAAACUCGUUCCAAGUCUGCCACUUUCACCCUGCGGAGAUCUUUGCCCUCGACAGCUUCAACAAGGUGGUACCGACAUACCAGCGACCACUGUUUAAUACCCAGCUAAGAAGUGUGAGAACCACGUACGAGAUCACGAGGAAAGAGCAAGAACCUGUGGUAUUCGACUUCUCCUUUAGCGAUCCCGAAGGACUUAUUAUUCCAUGCUGGUGCGCUGUUCACUACCUUGGAGGCGAAGUCGACUUGUACAUUUGCGAAUUUGAGUUGCAGGACAACGCAUUGCACCCCAUGGCCCAUUACUGGCAGGCCGAUGUGCCGCCAAAUCCCAUCGACACUCUAGGAAGCGACCACAUGGAUCUUGCCACUGUCUCAAGCAUGCAGACUCGCAGUCAACCUGUCAUUUCCAGUCCAGACGCCCUGUGUGGCGGUCUUGGCCCCAAUGCAUCCUCGGUCGAGGUCGUCAACGUGGCAACCAAGAUUCAAAAACAAUUCUCGGCCGCAAAAUCGGUUCCCCAGUUGCUGGAUUCUAUUGUCGGCGUGGUUAAGGAACUCUCAAGGUUCAACCGGGUCAUGGUGUACGAGUUUGACCAAGACUUCAACGGCACAGUCGUCGCCGAGCUCAUGGAUCCCGCCACAAGUCGUGAUGUUUACCGUGGUUUGCACUUUCCACACACAGAUAUACCACCUCAAGCACGGCGCCUGUACAUGGUCAACAAAGUUCGUGUGCUUUUCGACAGAACACAGACUACCGCCCGGUUGGUGGGGAGAGACCAGAAAGACAUCGAAACCCCAUUGAAUCUCACACACUCGUAUCUCCGAGCAAUGUCGCCGGUCCAUCUCAAAUAUUUGGAAAAUAUGGAGGUUCGAUCUUCCAUGUCUCUGUCGCUCGAGUCGGAGGGCAAGCUUUGGGGGCUGAUCGUUUGCCACUCAUAUGGACCCACGGCAACGCGUGUACCUUUUACGGUGCGGGAAUUGAUAUAUUUUGUGGGCGUCUCAGCAUCGACCUGUUUGGAGAAGCUGCUCAACGCCGACAAGCUCAAAGCUCGGCGCAUCAUUGAGACACUUCAAGACCAAAAGAGCCCCAAUGAAUGCAUCACGGCAUCGUCGGACGAGCUACUCAAACUCUUCGAGGCCGACUGUGGCUUCCUUGUGGUGGAGGGUGAGGCUAGAACAAUUGGGCGACUGGCAGCAUAUGCCGAGGCCGUAACACUGCUCAAGUAUUUGUUCUUCCGAAGAUCGAGCAGAAUACUCGUCUCGAGCAACUUUUCCCAUGAUUUUCAGGAUCUUCACUAUCCAAGCGGCUUCAAGGCAAUUGCCGGUGUCUUGUACAUCCCAUUGUCGGGGACGACGGACGACUGUGUGGUGUUUUAUCGACGAAGUCAGCUUCGAGAGGUUCACUGGGCAGGGAAGCCAUCCCUGGCAGGCAAGUUUGGCACGCUGGAACCUCGCAACAGCUUUCAAAAAUGGACCGAAGUGGUGGAUGGAACCAGCAAGAACUGGACACCAGAGCAAGGUAGGCACCGCACCAUCGUGCCAUGGGACGAAUGA